CGAGAAAUGAAGAUGCUGGUACGACCUUCGCCGUUUGAGUGCGUCGACAAGCUGGCGGCUUAUGUGGUCCACUAUGCAUCAACGUGGUCCACCUCGCGGUCGUGGUGCGACUGUGACUGUGACAGCGAGCAGGGAAUAAAAAUUGCACCGCACUGCUGACAGACGCUUGUGAAGAUACCUGCACAUGCAGCAAUAUGCUGAUUUCCGUCUUCGAUGCCCGUGCCGCCAAAACCCAGCGGACGAGGAUGUUGCGAGGUCGUGGAAGCUGUACAAAAUGACAAGCCGGCCUUCGAAUCACAACCACCAAUUACAACUACAUGUAGUACCGGUCUUGCGUCCCAGAACUUCAACUUGGUCCCGCAAAAAGAUAUUCCCAUCGUCCCGCAGCAAUCCUGCAACACCGCAGCCGGCUCAUCUCCAAGCGGUAGAAGCACUAUCUGUUGUACGACUACCGCCAGCACAUCGCGAGAGGAAGCGCAAGACCAGGUUCCUCCCACACCAGCUGCGGGCAAGGCGAAAUCGUGGGCGUUGCCGAGGCCCGAAUUUUCAGUUUCCGCUGAGGCGCAUCUGUCACACUUCCGUGCGAAAACCCUCUCCAAGAAGAACUCGAAUCCUCUAAAAAGUUGCUUUCGUGCAACUUCUUCUGCUUCGGCAUCCUCGUCCGGCGGCGCAGCGAAUAGGAGUGUAGUUAGAACG